CACCGUGAGCCAUGAGAACUGGCGGGAGCGAUCCAACUUUCCCUGCGAGAGAAGUGGGCAAAAUAAGCUCCAGUGGGUGUAACCAGUACGCCACCUAGCUGCGGAGGCGCUCCGGCGGAGAUCCGUCGACUGUACCGAUUAUGAAAAACAGCCGCGCCGAUGUUGUUGCAAGGAGGGAUCCGCGCUCUGCUGGGAAUCAAACUCGUCUUUCGGGGGAUGUUUUUAACCUAACUUAUGUAAUCUGAGCUCCAUUCUAAUGCAUCAGACCGCCGAGAGAUUGGAGAUCAGGACAGCAACACCUUCAGAACGCAGUUGGCUCUGGGACGCGCUCUCUGGAUUUAUAUUUACUCAGCUCCAGUCUGAAGAAGCAGAGAGAGACUUUUCCUCGCUGGAUGAAGGCACUAAACUGCCCUCGGACCGUUAAGGCAUCUGUUUUGCUAACCUUUCUCACCAUUACCUGUCGUCUGUUCCUCACCUUUGACCUCACCAGUCCCUCUGGACUCAUUGACUCAUUUGAAGGUGUUAUACUGGGAACCCCGGAGCACGCGGCCUCUCCCCCCUGACUUCUCUGAUGGACCAGAGAGUGAAGGGGGGGACCCCUCCAACCACUGCCUCCAUUCUGGACUCCACCUCUGCCCCAGAAGACUCCAAGCAGGACCAAGUGGCAGAAAAGAAGAAACGAAGUGACGGCGACAGUAGCAAUGUUGGGAAAAAAGAGGAGGAGAAAAGAGGAGCAGGGGGAAAAAGGGAAGGAGACAAGGGGGCUGUGCUGGAGCUGCUCAUUGAGGGGCGUUGUGGAGGACAACAGGAUCUCCAGCUCGCUGGCAGGGAGUCAAACUGCCCUGAGGGGAACGUACGGGUCCGGAUCGGACUCCAGGCCAAGCGCACCAAAAAGCCGCCCAAGAUUUUGGAAAGCUACGUGUGCAAGCCCACCAUCAGGACCUAUCAGAGACAAGGCAGAGGGGCUCUGCUUAGGGCAGAUGGAGAGGGAAGAGCGGUCCAGCAGAACAAAAGCAGCCCAGCCACAGAUGAGGCAAACAGAGAGCCGCGCUCGGGCUUGGAUGCUGUCCAGACCACAUCCAAGAAAACUGCAUCUGCUACUUCUCUGCCCGUUACAAAGUCAAUAUCCUCCUCGUCAUUGCAGCCUUUGUCGUUAGCCUCAACUAUAACCUCAGAGUGUAUCCCUGCUUCAGGCCCUAACAUUUCCAGCCACGGGACCAAAACUGGCAAACAGGUUCCUAUCAAGCUGGCUGAUAAGACAGAUGAUAAUUCAAAUGGCUCAUCAGAGAGAGUGAAGAAAGAUAAGCUUCCAUGCGUCAAUGGACAGUCCGUCCCUGCAGGACAAAAACCCCGCUCUCCCACAGCAGACCAGACUGUUUCAACCACUCCGUCCACACCAAGCAAGCAGACAGUCUCCACUUCAGAAACCAGGAAUGAAGGGAACAGCUCCAAGAAACACAAUGGUUUGGUUCAGACAGCAAAACAGAAGGAGCUAUCUAAUGGGAGGAGCUCUUCAAAUAUCCUUGGUACUCCAGCCUCAUCAAAAAACAAAGCUGGAAAACACAGUGGUUCCUCUUCUACUUCUUCCUCAGACUCCACAGCGAGGCCUGUGGUGUCAUUUGGCUCCCACAAAGACCUUUCCAGUAAGCCUAAGCUGGACUCUCCUUCCUGUGUACAAGUCACCCCCAAAUCACAGUCUCCCCCCUCUGUGGAUUCUUCCUCUGUCCUGUCAGUGGGUCCCGAUCCAUCCCCACAGGCGCUCAUAGAGAACAAGAGAGAGAAGGAGAAGAAAGCCAAGAAAGAGAAACGGAAGGAUAAAAAAUCAAAGAAAGACAGAUCAGAGGGAGACAAAGAAAAAAGUGAGAAAAGAAAGGAUGAGAUCAAGAAAAAGAAGAAGGAGAAGGAUGGGAAAUUAAGACAUGAUAAAGAAAAAGACGAGAAACACAAAACCGAUGAAUUAUGGAAAGAUAAGCUGAAGAAUGAGACAGGAAAGGGAGAUAAGCAAAGCCCGGACAAAUCAAGGACAGAGGAUAAUGCAAAAUGUGGUGAAACUGUUGGGAUUCCUAAAUUAGAUAAAAUAUGUAAAAAAGUGGCUCCAGUGAGAUUAGAGGAGAAAGAAAAGGCUGCUGACAGUUGUAGGCUUGCUAAACAAGGCGAGUCUGCGACAACAGGUGAUUACAGUAAAUCAAAAGAACAAGACGUCACAAGACAUACAGCGGGACCUCCUCCACUUUCGACGUCCUCUGCUCCACCCCCACUUCCUCCAUCGUCCUCCCACAUUCCUGUUUCUCCCCCCUCUUCGCCACGAGAGCAGGACAGCCGACCACUCAAGAAACGUAAAGCCAGAAGGCCCAGCUGGACCAAGCUGGUACACCGCGCCCACAGAGCGGAAAAUCAGGAAGCCUCUUUGGAUUCCCUGCAUAAUGCAUCGCUAAAUUUCCCCCAGAUCACCAAGACAUCAUUCCCUGCCAAAACCACUGUUCACCAUAACGAUGAAUCACAGUCAGCGCCCUCAAGCUCCUUAUCCAGCUGCUCCUCCCCAAUGUCUUCAGCAGUCCCGAAACAAACUCAACCCAUGACAGAUUCAGUCCGAAAGAGGGGCCGCCCUAAAUCUCACAGCUCCAGCUUGGAUGAGCCUCCUCCACGACUUUCACCGAAUGAUAUUUCCUCUGAGGAUCCAUCUGUAGGGUGUGACAGAGCUAAGAAAGCUCCCAUGUUGGUACCAAUACUGCAAUCCAACUCAAGCCCUAAGAAACGAGGGCGUCCACCCAAACGACCCCUCCCGGGUGACCAGGGCGAGGAUGCACUUAAUCCCCACAGUCGCAUGGAAAGAAGUGAAGAAUUUCAUCUGCCUGAGCGGGGAAACCGGCAGCUAAAGAUCAGAAAACUGAUUAAUGAAAUGAAGAGAAGAAAGAAGAGGAGACUUCACAAAGUCAUAAUGUCUGGUUAUGUGGGGAAGGAGGGAAGGGGCAAGGAGGCAGCGGAUGGUAAAACCUCCCUGAGAAUGUGUAAAUCGAUUGAGGCUACAACAGUUCACACCCUUUCAGCCCUGUCUUCCUCAUUUGGGAGCAAGCUAGGCCCUCAGAUCAAUGUAAGCAAACGAGGGACCAUUUACAUGGGCAAGAGGCGAGGACGCAAGCCUAAGUCUCAAACAGCAAUUUUAAACUCUAGCUCACAGAACUCCUCUCACUCGUCUUUGUUUACCAGUCCCCCUGAAGCAUCUCUUUUCUCAUCAAGCCAGCCACAGCUUCCACAAUCUCACCCAUUUCCUUCCCCCUCACUCACCCACUCUAGUGGAGCCCAGAGUCCUUAUAGCGAAGGCAGCCUCACAGAACCAACAUCCUCCCUCCUCUUUUCUCACCAUUUCUCCCUCCCUUCACCAUCUUCUUCUUGUACAUCCCCACGUCCUCCUUCCUCCUCGUCUCUCUCCCCCUUUGUGAAGAAGAGCUGUCCAUGUCAGGGGAGACAUCAGUUCCCCUUCCACCAGUCUUCAUGUAAGCUCUCGGGUGCUACCCCUCCAAUGCAUCAUGUACCAGGGUCUCCGAGCCACCUGAAGGAAGCCACCCCCUCCCCAAGGAGUGAGUCACACAGCGACGAGACACUGCCCAGCGACAGCGGGAUUGGAACGGAUAACAACAGUGUCUCUGAGCGAGGGGAGAUGAGGGGAGCCAGAGGUAUACUGAGGAUGGGUCAGGGGUCAGGGGUGAUUCUAGGUGGUCAAAGACUCCCUACAUCUCUUGUAGACCACCAAUCUUCAGUCUCCUCAGCCCUAUCUCAUGUGCCCAGAAACUCAAACACCACAAGCACCUCAAAUGCAGCAGAGCGGCUCAGAGACCGACACAGGCGAAGGGACUAUGACUGCCCCUCUUCCUGCCCCUGUCUAUGCACCUGCCUUGGCCACAACAAGUGCAUUCAUUCAGAGUAUUACUCCUGCCUUGGACACAGUGCACUAAAGAGACAGAAGAACAAGCAUAAGAAGAAGCACCAGCAGAUGCAUAUGCAAGACCCAGAGUUCCUGGCUGAGCUAGAAGAUUUGAUCGCUCAGUUCAACGAGGUCCACAUUGGACGACGGAGCUGGGCAAGGACGGGACUCGGGCAGGGCUUUGAUGGGGGAAGGCGGCAUCAUUCUUCUUCCCAUUCCCACCGGUCCAACAUCUUCCGCAUCAAUCUGAAUGGGUUCUACACACCACACCCUCCAUCAUUUCCAGCUGCUCCUUCCUUCAACCCUCAGCCCUUCUAUGCCUGUCAUUGUAAUAGGAAGCUGGACCGCCGGCAGUGCAGCUGCCCCUCGAAGUUUCAGGAAACAAUUGAUAACAUGGGGUUUUAUGGCAGCUACCCACCAGCACCCCCAUCACUCUACCACCACCUCCCCAGCUCCUUCCCACUUCCGCCUCCUCACCAGUACACCCCCCAUCAGUCCCACCACGCUCACUUCCUCCUAAACCCGGCCAGAUUCCACAGGCGCAGAAGCAGGUUGCUCAGAGAGGGAGCUUUAGGAGGAGAAGUGGAGGGAGAUCCAGGGGCUAGCAGCAGAGGUGUGGGCUCAGGGUUUGUGUCCGGUGUCUCUUGUGGCUGGGGGAGGACUGAACACAAACAUAAGCACAGACACCGACACUAUGAGCGAAACAUGGAAACCGAAGAAGAGUUACAGGAUGAGGAGGAUGAAGAUGGAAUAGAUAGGGAGCUGUUGGGUGGUGCAAAGACGCAAUCAGGAUUCCUUUUUAGGCAAGUAGAGGGAAGGAGGAAAGAAGGAAGCACGCUGUCCAAAGACUCACCUUGGUUACGUCAAAAUGGGAGCAUUCCCUUCUCCUCUGCCACCUCUUCUUCAUCAUCCUCUUCAGCAGAAAGGUACAAAAACACAUCACUCACCUCUUUGGGGCUUGGCUCCACUCACCUGUCUUCCUUUGGAGGAGGCUGGGGAGGAUUGGGCCAAACCUGGGGAACAUUUGGGAGUCUAGGAAGCGCAGGAUUUGGAACCCUAAACCCCAGCUGGAGAGGCUUCACCGGGGACAAGCACGUGGGCAGACAGGCUGCCUCAGAAGAGGAGGACGAGGACUGUGAAGAUGAUGUGAAUGAGUCACACUUUUAUGUUUCCAAACACACCAACUUGUUCACUUCUGCUGCCAUGUCAGCAGCAGGGAGGGGCCUAAGGAGUGGAUUGGCCAGCAGGAAUCCUGGAAGUGGGGAGAAGUCAUGGAGUAGGGAUGAGCCAGCAUGGACGGAGAUGAGGGAGGCAGGUUUACAAGGUGACUUGAGAAACUGGGGGCAGCGGACGAGCAUGCCAACUCCACACUGUGCUGUGGUGAAAAACAAAAGAGGGCCAGGACGUCCUAGGAAGCACCCGCUGCCCUCCCCAUCCCAUGCAAAGUUAGCCAUGCCACUGGGUGACUUAGUGCCAGAAGCGGAAGGGGAGGCAGAAGAAGUGGUGCCAGAGAAGAGAGGAGGAGGAGGCAACACAGCCCAGCAGGUCAUGGAUCUGGUGUCACAGGCCUCGAGGAAGAGGGGGCGAAAGAGAAAACAUGGUGAUUCUCCCUGCCAUCAGAGUUUUGCCAAGGACAUCCCCGAAUGUGACACACAUUCUGAGUUUCUCAGCCAAUCGGAUGUGGACGAGGCUCCGCCCCAACCUGUAGCCCUGCAUAGGGAAGAGAGCAGAGACGGUUCUCCAGUGAAAAACUACCUGAGAGCAGGCCUUUAUUCUGAUGACUAUAAAACUACAGAUCCUCCCUUCCGAGCCCAAACCUGUAGUGAAAGUUUAGAGUACACACCAGGGGAUCUUGAGUACAGCCUCCUACCUGCUCCCAUACAUGUUGGGAAGUACUUAAGACUGAAGCGAAUUCACUUCCAGCUUCCAUACGAUGUGAUGUGGCAGUGGCAACAUAACCAGCUUCAGCGUCAACCUGCUGUGCCCCUGAAAAGAAAGCGGCGUUACUGUCGCCUGAAGCAAAGGACUCCAUCUUCUCAACCAACAAUGGAGGAGAGCUCCAGAGACAUCACCAGCCUGUUCCCUCACCUCGACAUGGAACCUCUGACCUGCAGCGAGAGGAGCUUUGUGGUGAAACACAACGUGUUCCUCGUUAGGAACUGGGAGCUUGUGAGAGACCGCCAAAUCCGAAUGCGGAUAGAGAGGGGGAGAGAUGGAGGCGAGGAGGGAGAGGACUCACAGAUCUUGUCCUGCGAUGGCUCCAGUGGAGACGACAGCCACAUCAAGUCAGAUCACUCAGUGGGGGUGGAGGUUACGGUUAUCAGCAGCAGUGAUCCCCACCACCAAAGUCAGGACACCCCCAGCUCGCUCACUGCCAGCCCCAGCUUAGUUGUUCGUUCUUGUUCACCUCAGCCCACCAAUAGACGGAGCAGACAAGAGGAGGAGGAGGAAGAGGAGGAAGCAAAACGAGGGGAAAGAGAUGUCUGCAGCAGAGAACAGAGGAGGAAACGGUUGAAUGAUUUACUUUUGACUCUGCAGCAUUCAUAAACGAACAAAAAGAGAGAGAGGGUGGAACUACUCGAAAAAGGGACCAGCCCCAGCAGUGAACAGAUGGACUAAAACUGAUGUCACUGCACCGACUAAAAAAAAAACAGAGGGAAAAUAAAGAAGAAGACUGGGAGGGUUUGAAAUAUUAUCUGUGGCUGAAAAUUCAAGGAAAAAAAAAAA